AAUUUUCAGCCCAUUGACCAUGCUUACCAACAGCAGUGCGACCAACAGCAGCGGCAGCCACACGACGACGUACAGCUUUGCGCCGGCCACGAGCGCGGGUGUCUCGGGCACGAUCAUGGUCACCCAUCUCGCCCAAGGCGCCAAGAUCACGGCCAACCUCGACGUCUCGGGUGCCAACUGGACGGCGCUGAGCGCCGCGGACGGCAACUGCACCGGGCCUAUCGAGUCGUUUACGUGGCACAUCCACACCAAGUGGACCAACAAGGCGUCGUCGGCCUCUCUGAGCGGGUGCAGCCUCGCAGCGACCAGCAACCACUACGACCCGACCUUCGCGUGUGGCCCCAACUCGGAAUACAUUGCCACCGAUACGUGCAAGCCGGUGGUCGCCGAGCCGGGCUUCAAGUACGAUUGCUCGCCGGCGUCGUACGCUGCCAAGACCAAGGCGUGCGAAGAGGGCGAUCUCUCUGGGAAGCUCGGCAAGAUGACCGUCAAAAGCGGCAAGAUCGAGGAGACGUGGACCGACAUGUACUACCCGAGCGCAUCGUCCGAGACGCCGCAGUGGAACAUGAUGCUUCACGCCGUGUGCGGCAAGGCGACGCCCCGCUUCAUCUGCGCGACGGCGGCCGGCGCCGGCGGCAAUGGGUCGGCGAUUGUGGCCCCGACGACCGCGCCCGGCGCUGGCAAGACGCCGACGGCGACGUCGUCGACGUCAACCAAGGCUACGACCGUGCUGCUGGCGGCGCUCGCAAGCGCGACUGUCCUCUUCUAACUCGUCUCGACCUCUAAAAUGCAGUCGUGUCAUUUUUGUGUAUUUGAAC